AUGCACGCCACGCCGGAGAAUACACAAGCUCUUGAUAGAGACAACGAGGCAGAGGAAUGGAGCAAAUUCGUCAACGAAAUGUGCGAGAAGUGCUUGUUUCAACGCUUGUUUCAACACCGCCAACCGCCGAAGGAGUGCAAAUGCCCCAUGUCAGGCUGCGAACAGUACUUCGCUGGGCCGACAGCCUGGGAAAAGUGGCUGAGGCAUAGAGUGGCACACUUAGAAAAAGGCGAAGGGAACAAAUUAGGCGUUGACAAUCUAUUAAUUAAUAGUAACAAAGUCGGCCAACUUGACCGCAAAGUGGCUAUGCCGCAGUUACACUACUCGAACCAAGCAGCAAUGCCGCAAAUAUAUACGCAGGGCUCGUUUGUUGCCACCGCCCCUGCACAUCCUAUGCCGAUAUUAUCAUCGCCGCCGGAGAACUUGCAUCUGUCGAAGGCAAGCUCGCCUUUCAUGUUGCCGUCGCUGCGCCGACUGUACAGUCCAAAUCGGGCUGAGUGA